AUGACUGCUACCUAUACAGAAGAUUAUACUUUAAAUGAUGAAAGUACAGGAUGGCCUCCGAUUCAGAUUAUUCAGCCAUAUCCUGAUCAAAACGACUAUAAUUAUAGACAAAGUCCAUAUGCAAAUAAUGUAACUACAGAUCAAAUAUUACCCUAUACAGUAGUUUUGAAUACUAAUCAACGUCAAGAUACUCAGACUGAUGAUUAUCAAAAACCAGAUUCAGAAUAUGUACGUCCAUUAGCUAUUCGUCGUCGUCAACCAGAUGCUACUGAUACACCAGCACAGCAAUUAACAGUACCAGUUGCUUUAUUGACACCUCAAAUACUACCUACAAAUGAACGAAUUCCUUCAUCGAAACAUGUUUCUCAUUCAGCACCUACUCAAAAUCAUUCACGAGCAGCACCUUCACCUUUUGAUCCUACUGAUCGUCCUAUUCAACCAAUGAGAGAUACAUCCGUUUAUCAUAAUCCCUUAUCAGCGAACAAAAAUAAUCAACAGAAAAGAAUAAUUUUACCACCAAUAAAACCAAGACAAACUUCAUCUCGUUGUGAAUCUGAUAUAUUUCCAUUACCACCACAACCUAUAAGAAAUUCACCUUAUAAUAGAGUGGAUCGAUUGCAAUCGCCACCAAAACCUAUACGAGCUUCACCUUACAAUAAAGUAGAUCGAAUACAGUCACCGCCGAAACCUGUACGAGCUUCUCCUUACAAUCCACCUAAUAGACAACAAUCUAUCUUACUACCUGUGCAAUCUUCUCCUGUUUAUAAACCAUCUGAUACAUAUCCCGUACCACGAACUCGUAAUCAAAUAAAUAAUGUAACAGCUCGUCGUCCUGUUCGAACUGAUAUAAUACAAAGUCUAUUUGAUGAUGAACAUUCACAACAGCGAUAUCAACGUCAUCCAGUUCAAGUACAAGGAUAUAAUGACAAUUAUAAUAAGUAUCCAGUAGCAUAUCAUAUUAAAUCUGCCACGAAAAGACCAAUUUCAUAUCAAGAAGGAUCUUUUGUAAAAACACAGAAUAUGCCAAAUUAUCCAAAGCCACAAGGUCGACGCGCUGUUUAUGUUCAAGAAGCACCAGUAAAAACUAUAAGUUAUCGAACUUAA